AUGUCUGUCUUUGUCAGGUUUGGUAAGAGAUCUUUGUUAGCAGCUCUGUUUGCUGUAGCUGUUGGAGUUUACCUGCUGCCGUCCCCCAUAGACCCCAAACCACACGUGUAAGUACACACAAACACUUAGAAAAAACAACAAGAUUCAAGGCAGACAAAGGCGAUACAAAGGCUGCAGCACUGUGUUGUUUUGCUGCACUCGCAGUAUUGGUUAAUCCUGAAUCUGUCCUUCAGACUGAAGGGGCCUCCUCCGGCCCUCGAGGGCCCACUUGCUCCAAACAAAAGACUGCAGAAAGGCCACAGGCUGUUUACUGGACAACUACACGGACCAGAAUCCUUUACUGCUGAUGAGGAGGGUGAGUGUGUUGGGUUUUAUGAGUUUGUUUUUGCCUCACAUAGCUGGUUCUUAUAGCAUGGUGUUACUUCAGGCAGGCAAGCUCAGCCCAAAUUACAACAGCUGAUCCUGUCACCACGUGUGUGUGUGUGUGUGUGUGUGUGUGUGUGUGUGUGUGUGUGUGUGUGUGUGUGUGUGUGUGUGUGUGUGUGUGUGUUCUUCAGGUAAUGUGUACACAGGAACAGUAGAUGGGAAGCUGUGGAGGAUCGGUCCUGACGACAGCCUCACCCUCAUCACACACAUGGGACAGAAUUUACCAGAAUGUGGUUCGUUGUGGUUUCAUGUUACUCCUCUGUUUCCUCUGUAUGUUUUUUUUUUAUAGUGGGACUAUUUUUCCUUUUUCCCUCCAACCCUGAUUAAAGCUGGUAAUUUCCCAAAUAGCCUGAUAUUGAUGAUAUUGAUAACUAAGAAGCAAAUUUUUAAAAAUGUGAAGUAAAGGAUCUGUUAUUUCACCAUUUAUUCUUUACAUUCUUCAUGCAAACUCAGGCCUGUUGGCUCUACCAAUCAGAAGCUCUUUGGAAUAUUUUACCAUUUUCUUACGCUCCAUUUUUUAAAUAUUCACAAUCCAUUGUGUUCAGGAGUCUCUCUUAAAAGCAUUUACUGCACUAUUUUUGCUUUCAAUCAGGUUAAAGGCACUGUGAGGAGUUUUAAACUGUUUUGGAAACAGACUGAAACUGAUACCAAUGCCUUUUUUAUGACCUUCAAAAUAAAAAUAAAGACAUCAGCAACAAGAAUGAUCAUUUGUCUGAUGCCACUGUGAGGGGGAGGAGUCAAUCAUCUGGUCUGACUCCUCCCCUUUCCUCUCAACAUGUUCAUCUCAUGUUUUCAGGGAGCAGCACUGACUUUGAGCCGAUGUGUGGUCGUCCUCACGGCGUCCGCCUGGAUCGUCACGGCCAGCUGAUUGUUGCCGACUCUUACUUUGGGCUGCACAGCGUCGACCCGAAAACGGGGGAGAAGACUCUGCUGCUGCCAAACUCAGAGGGUACAACAGUGUGUUUCUUACAGUGAACGCCACUGAAGACUGUUAAAUUUAAAAUGCAUGUAAACUCUGUAUCUGUGACUCUGCUGUGUUUAGACCCUCCAUAUAACCCCCCAGUCCCACCCAGUCCCUUAUAUAUUAUGUGUAAAUAAGAACAUAUAUCUUUUUAUAUAUACUUUUAUUGAUUUUGUUUUUAUUCCACUACCACUCUACCUCCAGAAAGUGCAAUUUCACUCACCAUGCUGCUAUUUUAUCCUUAGUUUCUAUUGUUUUUAUUUUUAUUUAUUUUUUCUGUAUAUUAAAUGAAACACCAUCAUGCUGUGAUAUGGAAGCCAAGCAACGACAUUUCCUUGCCGAGAGAAAUCACUGCCCUGUUUUAUUCUGUGCAAUGACAAAUGAAGAAAGUCUAAGUUUUUGUCUCUCAGGUGCUGAUGGUGUUCCUUUUGCCUUCCUGAACGGUCUGGAGAUUUCCUCUCAAACUGGGAUGAUUUACUUCACAGACUCAUCCAGUCGUUGGGGACGCAGACACGUCAAACUGGAGGUGAGUUGAUGGAAAAAGAUGCCAAGUAGCUUUGAUUUGUCUUCCUGCUCCGUCUUUUUGGAUGUAAAACGGCACCAUGAAGCUUCUUGAGAAGAUUAAAAGAGGUGAGUGUCCACUUUACGAUAUUGUUAGGCCUCCUGGAGAUGACAAAGCAAAAGAAAGCUGACGUAAGCCGAGUCUAUUCACAUUUUUCCAGCGUUGCUUGGAAACCACAAAACUCCAGAAACCCGAUUGGACGCACUUGUUUCUCUUCUUGUCAGUUCGCCAAAAAAGAGAAAGCUAAAGGUCCAUUCAGUUUAUGAAACUGCUGAGCUGUGCUGACGAGGCUUAAGAGGAGACAUUGUGUUUAUUUGCAUUUAAAAAAAAUGAAAAAGAUUUUUCUCAAAGCAGCAAGAAGUCACAGGAGAAGCUUUGAUGUAAAAACACCAGCUGAUUUAUUUAGAGUCUGAGCAACACGACCUUCUCCACACUUAGAGCCAAACACCUCAGAGGAAUAAAGAUAAAGUAAGCUGUUUAAAAUGUAAAGAUUUAAAAGGUCAGUACACGUAUUUUGUUUAUGAAAUAGAAAAGCUAAAUGCAGUUAAGAAUCUAAAAUAUAAUGUUUUUUGUUUUUCAGGUGAUCGAGCUCAACAGUCUCGGUCGGCUCCUCUCCUUCGACCCACAAACCAAAACCGUGACGGUCCUUCUGGAUUCUCUCUACAUGCCCAACGGCAUCGCUCUGUCGCCUGACGAAGACUUCCUGCUGUUGGCUGAGACCAGCAUAGGACGCAUACUGAGGUCUACACACACACACACACACACACACACACACACACAUACAUACACAAAUACACACAAUGAAAUAAACAUGAGUGACAGUGAAUAGAUAUUAAAUCGUCUCUCUGUCCGCUCUCAGAUUUUGGCUGAAGGGCCCAAAGGCGGGUACUAAAGAGAUCCUCCUGGACAACAUGAUUGGUUACCCCGACAACAUCCGCCUUAGCGACCAUGGAACAUUUCUGGUUGGCAUAACGACAACGCGGUUCCGGAAGCUCAUGCCUCCCUUCCUGGAUCUGAUCGCCCCUUAUCCCGCAGUCAAACGCUUCCUGGCAAAGGUCUGUGCAGUCUUCACAAACUUUUUAGGCAAAUUAACUGAUGGUUCAAACCUUAUUUUCAUAUAUUUGUUACAUUUAUUUGUCAUAUGUCUGGAAAAAGGGACACACACAACCAAAAAUCAUGUUGUCUGCAACCAAUAUAGUGAUAAAUGAUGUAUUUGUUAAACCAGAAAACAGAACUAGAUGUUUGUCUUGCUGGAUUUGAGAAGAAACACUGAUCUGGAGACUGUAAAGAUGUAAAAUAAUGACUGUUUUAAGAGGGAAAUAUGCAAUGAAAUCCUCAAAAUCAGCAUUUAUACCCAGGCUUCAUAUGUGACAAAUGUGCCUGCAUUGGUUUUAAUGGUUUGGUAUAUUAGAAUCGAUUUUCUUCAUUAGUUUGUGGACAAAUUAAAAAGAAAAAUUCACACAAACAUUUUAUUCAGCUGUUAAAUUAGAAGAAGUAAAUAUCUGCAGCAGGUUUAAUUGUUUUAUUGCCAUUUUCUGCAGUUGGCUUUAAAGCACUGACUGUUCCUCUGAUCCUGAUUCUCACACUUCAUUUUAGCCUUUGCAGAGGAGUAGUUUAUCAGCACCAAUAACCAAAUCUACUCUUCCAUGAUCUAUUUCCUCAUGGAGGGCUGUGUGAUUCACAAUCAUUGAGUCUGUCACUCAGAGGAGAAUAACAGCCUUUGUUCAAAGACUAGAUGGUGUGAAAUGUGACGGGACAGGGGCAGGACCCCACACACACACUCAGACACACAAAUUCACCUUCCCACAUUAGUUAGACGAACACACAAGUUACUGGUGGAAAGCACUGCUCCUCGUACAAAAACACACACACAAUUGGAAGGAAAGGGCGUGAACUCCUGGUGAACUUCGGCAAAUGUCAGCUGCGGUCACACUGACUGAAAAACUGAAUUUAAAACAAUCUGACAGGAGUACGGAGAGCUUUUAGGAGCUGAGGUCCACUGAAGCGAGUAACUAAAAUUAAAAUUUCAAAAUGAUUCUGAGAAUCUGGAGAAAUCUUUGUACAAACUCCACAAGGCUAAAAUGUAUGGUUGUGGUCUUCAGGCCCUUGAGUGGCACUGCAUUAAAAACAGAGAUGACCAUAGCACCUGUUGACCGGGUAUCUUUAACACACCCAUAUACAGAAGUUAAAGUCCUUGGUUCUGGUUCAUUUCCUGGUCAUGACCCCCAUGUCUACUCUCACAUGCCGUGUCUCUUUUCAGCUGUCCAAUCAAUAAAGGCAAAAUGCCCCAAAACACAAGUUUGAUGAGAAAGAUGUGGACAUGACUCUGUAGUGGAAGUUACUGCAUAGACUCAAAAUUACUUCCUAAUGAUAAUUAUUACAAUUAUAUACUUAAUUUAUGUAGCACCUUAAAAAAAGAGUUUAAAAAGUGCAUCAACAGACAUACAUAGGGGAGACUGGGACUUGUCACAUGGGUAAGUUGUCACAUUGUAAUUAUCUUUGCCACCAGAGGGCGCAACUAAAAAGUGGAAUACUAGUUUUCUUCCUUUACAUGGUCAGGGGUCGUGUCUUGUCUGAGAGGAGAAGAGCACAUUGUGAGCUGAGAUGAGCGCCAAUUAACCAUUUCACACAACCCAAAGUAAAAAAUUUAACUUUAUAUAUUUUAAAAUCAGCUUCUUCCAGAUAAAAAUCCUAGCAGUGAUACAUGUGGACUUGUUAGAGGAGAGAUUAAGUCAUCCUGUCAUACCUCACUCAUUGUUCUGUUUUAUAUUGUUAUUAAUUGUUAUUUCCAGGUGAUUCCUCUGAGCUGGUACAACGCCCUUCUGCCGCGUUAUGCUCUGGUAUUAGAGCUGGGAUUGGACGGUCAGAUCAUAGGAACGCUCCAUGACCCUGAAGGCCGCCUAACGUGGGCCAUCAGUGACGUUUUCCAGCACAGAGGGAGGACCUACCUGGGCAGCACUGACCUGCCCUUCCUGCCUGUUCUGGAGGACUGGGAGAGCUGA